GAGUGUGUGUGUGUGUGCAAGGUGAGCUAAAGCUUCAAGUGUACAGUCACAGUAGAAACAUGAGUUUUGUGUGUACAGCACGAGGCAGUCAGUAAGAGAGUCGCAGUAACAGACAAGAGCAGAAGACCGAGUGGACAGAGUGGGAGUGGAUGAACCAUAGGAGACAUUUAUUAUUAUUUAUUAGUAUUAGUAUUAGUAUUAGACAGCAACAGAGUGCUAGGUAAAAAAGCAAAACAUUGAAGGACUGGAAGAAGAAAAAGAUUGUGUUUCUCUGACAUAAGGAAGUUGAUAAAGACUAAAAAACACAGAAAAUUGGUGAAAGAAGAAAAAAAGCAGCUACAACUGGACGGUGACUGUGAGGCACAUUAGCCACUGGACCACGAUGCAGCAUCAACUGCAGAAGCGGCGGGCUCAGGGCCGGCUGUCGUUGGCCGGGGAGAUGCUGUUUGGUCUGGGCAAGGACCGGCGCCACUCGGCGUCGGACAUCCUGCUGAAGGUGCUGCGUCGGCGGAGGAGCUCGGCCCUGGAGAGCCUCUACGCCUGCUCCCACAGGGUCAUGCUGGCCGUCAGCAUGGCGGAGGCCAACGCACCAGUCACGCAGCUGGGAUGCCGCUGCACCGUCCGCGUUCCAACUGCAAAGUACACCAAAGUCGGGGAGACGCUGCGACAUGUGAUUCCGGGUCACAUGCAGUGUUCCAUGACCUGUGGGGGGCGCGCCUGCAAGUAUGAGAACCCCUCGCGCUGGAGCGAUGAGGAGCAAGCCAUCAAGGGCCUUUAUUCAUCCUGGAUCACCGACAACUUGCUAGCUAUGGCAAGGCCUUCAACAGAUAUCAUUGAAAAAUAUUAUGUAAUUGAACAAUUCCAAAGGUGCGGCCUUAAGACUGUGAUUAACCUCCAACGCCCAGGGGAACAUGCCAGUUGUGGUAACCCCCUCGAGCCUGAGAGCGGAUUCACAUACCGGCCUGAGAUCUUCAUGGAAGCAGGAAUUUACUUUUACAACUUUGGCUGGAAGGACUAUGGUGUAGCGUCCCUGACCACCAUCUUGGAUAUGGUGAAGGUGAUGUCAUUCGCACUUCAGGAGGGAAAGAUGGCUAUCCAUUGCCAUGCGGGUCUUGGAAGAACAGGUGUCUUAUUGGCAUGCUACCUCGUAUUCACCUCGCGGAUGAGUGCUGACCAGGCCAUCCUGUUUGUGCGUGCCAAGCGGCCCAAUUCCAUCCAGACGCGCGGGCAGCUUCUAUGCGUGCGCGAGUUCGCCCAGUUCCUCGUGCCCCUGCGCAGCGUCUUCUCCUGCGCCGAGCCGAGGUCGCACGCGGUCACGCUCACCCAGUACCUGACCCGCCAGCGCCACCUGCUGCACGGCUAUGAGGCGCGCCUCAUGAAGCACGUGCCCAAGCCCGUGCAGCUCAUCUGCCGCCUGCUGCUCGACGUGGCUGAGAACCGCACGGUGCCAGAGGAGGAGCUGCGGCCGGCACCCGAGCUGCCAGACCUGGCCGCCGAGGUGGAGAAGACCGUCUCCCAGCAGGCUUUGCAGCAACUGGGCAAGGAAAUGAGGGGAAAGGGCAUCCCAGUGCCUUCGCCGCGCGUCUCAGUGACGACCCCGGUACCGGCAACCAGCGUGCUGCUGGCCCAUGACCGGCCGUUGUGCAGCGAACAUGACAUCCCUGGCGCUCGCUUGAAGUCCCUCCGCGUGGUCAAGAGAAGCCUUAGCUUGAGUGAUACUGCCCUGCACAUGCUGGCCUCUCCAAUGCUCCCUGCUGGGAGCGCUGCAAGUGCACUUACCCGCAGACCCGUCUCAGACCUUGUCAGCCCGUACUUAGCCUUUCAAAAAAGCCUUGGGGACUCAGGGUCCACUUGGCGCCCACACACUCAACCUCACAAUCGCAAUCCAGGCAGCUGCUCCCCUAACGGCUUGCAGAGCUCUGUCAAACCUCCGAGGAAAGAGGAGGAAAGGAAAAGGCCGGGAGGGUUUUUCCAGGCAAAACGUGUGCCCCUCAGACAGACCCAGCGCAGCAUGUCCGCCGGGUGUGCUGAGAGAAGCCCGGGAUCUGAUGACGGCGUCUUGUCAGUGUGGAAAGCUGAAGGACGCGGAAGGAUCUGUGCCGACGGGGCAAACCCAUCGCCAGCCGCCUCUGACCUCAGCACAAUUGAAUUCUGCAAAGCUAGUGUGGAGAAUAUAAAUGCCCCUUUUGUCACAAUCCAGCACGAGUUAACCCCACAGGCUCGGCGAAUCCUGGUUGCUGAAGCACUUGCCACAGGGUCUGACCAAACGGAUCUUAAAGAAAAAGUGUUGGAAUGGCAGGCGGAGCUGAACUCCAGAGAGGGUGCCUGGGAGCGGCUGUGCCUGGAGCGGGACCCGCUGGUGCUCUCCAGCCUGAUGUGGUCCUGGCUGGAGCAGCUGCGAGAGCCAGUCAUCGGCCAAGAGGACAUACAGGCCCUCCAGCAGAAGCACUACAGCCCACAACAGGCCCUGGACUCUCUCGACAAGGGUCACAAGCAAACACUAUUGUGCAUUCUUGAUUGUACGGCCCAACUCUUUGAUAUUCCAGAAGAGGUGGAAAAAGGCAUCCUUGAUCAUAUAAUCAAUACAUUUACAAAGGUGGAUGUUGAAUCAGAUAAUGGCCAUUCGGUCUACCACACCCUGCGGGCCAUCUUGACGUCUGUUCUUCACGAGCUGAGGGCCAAGGCAGAGGUGGGAGAGGAGUCCACAUACCAGUUCACCGAGUGACCUUGACCAUCCAUUAUCUCCGCUUAUAACAGGGUCGCAUCACGUAACGGGGUUGUGCGUUUUAGUGGCAUAAACAUGAAAAAACAGGUUGAUGUUUGUUUACUGCUGCUAUGUUCUUGCAUUCCUUUCUGUACUAUUUUAACGCCAGGUCAUCUGAAGUUGUAGCCUGGUUCUCACAGACGGUGCGUGUGUGUAAGUACACAGCUCCGCUCCACCAGGGGGCUCCGGAGGUACACACACGCACCGUCUGUGAGAACCAGGCUACUGAAGUUGUUGUUUGUUGGGUCUUAAGCUGUGUGUCGUUUACGUGUUCUGCAAUGUUUACUCUUGGGAAGGAAAUGAAACUGCCAUAUAAUCCUGUGUGCCAUGAUGUUCACGUUACAUGGUUUUCAUGUGUGUUUUUUUUCUAACAUGUUUGGUAUAAAAAUGUGUGUGGUAUUUAUUAUAUUGUACUCAUUGUACCUACCUAUUUAUUACAUUUGUAUGUUGAUGCAAAAGCAUGGAGCAAUGCCGCAUUUAAUUGGGCAUUAGCAAUAGUGAAGAACAAGUUGAAGGAAAUCAAGAGUAAUUCUGAGGUUUCGAAAUAGACUGUGGUAAACUUGUGCUACCACUUCAGAACAUGCUUUAACGUCGUAACAGUUAUCAAUGUAAUGUUACUCACCUCAUUCCUUGUAAAUGGAGGUAUCAAUGUUGUAUAUGUCAGCAUUCUGGAGAGGAGUCACCGCAAACCAAAAAAAUAUAUAUAUUCACUGUGCAAAAUAUGUACUAUUUCGGGUUGGUAUGAAAAUGGCAUACAAAGUUAAUGCAAUGUUACGGUUUCUUUCGAAUGGCCAGUUUGUUUAUUUAUUUAUUUUGUAUUUAUUUAGCAGACUAAUAAGAAUAUUAGCAAUGCUCAUGUAAGCGUAAUGCAACGUUUUAGCUGUUACAAGAACUUAAAACAUUGCCUUAACAAGAAAACUGAAACAAAGAAAGAAUAUGAUUUGUUUGACAGUGUAUCCGUCAACAAUUCUGCCUCUUGCUCUGGUUUUUGCUUAAUCAAUUUUGCCUCGUUGGCAACACUCAGUUUGUAAAGAAGUUAAGAUGCUCUUUGGAGUUUGUUUCUAUGAGGAAUAUACAUUGGUUUCUUUCAUUAAGCACUUUUAGAGUGUAGUGUUACGCCCAUCUUUCUCCCUCUUUUGGGCAGUCAGUGGGUGCAGAAUAUGGUAUGCAUCAAGGAGAGUAGACAACUGAACGUAGUUCAAGCUUCAUGUAUGUAUCACAAUGUUGAGACAAUGUACUGUGAAGAUCUCAGAGUACUAUUUUUCCAUCAUUACAUCCCUUGCUGAAAAUAAAUGCUCUUAACACUA